GAUAGUUCAGCUCGCUCUAUUUGCGUUCCGGAUUACUUGUUUCCCCGGCAGCAGGCCUCUCCAGUAACGCGCACGCUGCUGCAGCAAGAUGGAAAGAAACUGCAGGAUGCACAGUCGCAGCGACUUGAUUUUUGUUUUAUGACACAAUAAUCACCCUGACAUUUACGUUUAGAAGGAAGGGGUAUAGGCUUUAUGAGUUCAGUAGCACGGAGAGAAGGGGGAGAAAGGGAGCGCCGUGCACUGCACUGCUGCUCACAACCUGAGUGACGCGCUGAUGUGAAAAGCAGAAGUGAAAGUGCAGCAGCUGGUCGCCUGGUGGAUGCAGACUUAUACAUAGCCUGACAGUUGCCAUUCUUUAUUAGACUGCUCUGGGGAAAUGCGUCUCGCUCGCAUUGCUUGCUGCUGAAUCUGGAGAGAUUAGAGCGCGUCUGUCAAGCCCGUUUUCUUCCACUUGGCGGUGACGCAAAUUGGCAACAACUUGGCAGGCAAGGGGGAGAAUAUGAAGGCUGAUGUGGAGGCUUCUCUGCCUGCUGGACAGGAGGAUUUUGCGAUCCGGUGCCGAGAUGUGUGCCGGUCAUUCGGCAAACUGAAGGUCCUCAGCAACCUCAACCUGACGGUACCACAAGGGCACAUUUAUGGUCUUUUGGGGCCCAGCGGAUGUGGAAAGACCACGUUGUUGAAAUGCAUCGUGGGAACUCUGAAAAUCUCACGGGGUCACAUCACUGUGUUGGGGAAGCCACCUGCAUUUCCUGGCCAUGAUGUUCCCGGGAGGAUGGUCGGAUACAUGCCACAGGAGCUGGCGCUGUACAACGAGUUCACCAUCAGUGACACCCUGACCUUCUUUGGGCGAAUCUAUGGCCUGACAGGGAAGGAAACCCAGGUACGCAUGGACUUCCUCAUCGACUUCCUGGAUCUACCUCAGAAGAACAGUCUGGUCCGAAAUCUCAGUGGGGGCCAGAGGCGCAGAGUUUCUCUUGGAGCAGCUCUGCUUCAGAAUCCAGAGCUGCUCAUCCUGGACGAACCGACAGUCGGAGUGGACCCUGUGCUCAGGGCUAAGAUUUGGCAGCAUCUGGUGGAGAUUGUGAAAACGGGGAAAGUCUCUGUCAUUAUCACCACGCACUACAUAGAGGAGGCCAGGCAAGCUAAUGUGGUUGGUCUCAUGAGGAACGGCUGUUUGCUGGCUGAAGGUCCUCCAGACGCCGUCAUGAAGCAGCACAGUGCGAUUACCCUGGAGCACGCCUUCCUACAGCUGUGUGAGAUGUCAGACCAGAGCGACUCCAACCAGGGGUCCAGUCCAGAGGGUAAGCCGUCAGAGAACAGCCAAUCAUUUGACAGAGGGCAGAACGAGACGCUGCCAUUUCUCGGGGUCAGACCAAUAGCUGCAGAGGAAGUUCCCAAAUAUUCAGUGGACUGGAAAGUGCGAGUCAGACACCUGCUGCCAAAAGGGCGAAACAUUGCCGCCCUGAUGAUCAAAACACUGGUACGGAUGAAGAGAAUGCCGGGCUCACUGUGUUUCCAGUUCUUGCUGCCCGUCAUCCAGAUCUCUCUGAUCUGUCUGUGUGUUGGAGGUGAUCCGAAGGGGAUCCAGGUCGCUGUGGUGAACAACGAGACCUCCCCCUCCGCUUACAGCCGAUCACUGCUCUCCUUCCUGGACAACUCCAGUGUGCACCAGGUGCCCUUGUCUCACACUGACGCUUUCAAGGGGAGCUAUAACGGAGAAUACUGGGGUGUCAUUGGCUUUGGCAAGAACUUCACCAGCUACCUGACAAAGAGGAUGAUGCAGCGGCAGGUUUCUCAAGAGAUUGUUGAUGGAGGAUCAAUGCAUGUCUGGCUGGACCUGACAAAUCAACAAAUUGCCUUAAUGCUGCAGAAGAAACUUCACGAAGCCUUGCAGGCUUUUGUGGACAGUAAGUUGGGCAGUAUGUCGUACCUGGUCGCCCAGCCGAUAAAGUUUGAAGAGCCGAUCUAUGGCAGCCAAAACACAGAUUUCACUACAUAUGUGACGCCUGGAGCUGUGCUCAGCAUCACCUUCUACUUGGCUGUGGGCCUGACGGCGCUCUCCUUUGUCCUGGAGAGGAAGGAGGGACUGUUGAACAGAUGCUGGGUUGCAGGUGUGAGUUCCAUGGAGACGAUGCUCGCACACCUCUUCUCUCAGCUGCUGGUCAUCAGUGUACAGAUCAUCCUGAUGCUCCUCUUCAUACUGCUCGUCUUCAAGAUACCCAAUGAAGGCUCCUUGGUGCUAGUCAUAAUACUGAUUGUGCUGCAGGGUGUCACGGGAAUCUCGUUUGGCCUCGUCAUCUCAGCUGGAAUCGACGAUGAACAGAGCGCCAACCAGACCGCCCUGGGCAUCUUCUACCCCAACCUCAUCCUCAGCGGUAUCAUCUGGCCAGUGGAGUGUAUCCCCUAUCCUCUCCGCUACCUCAGCCUGGCGCUACCUCAGACCUACGCCUCUGAAGCCCUUCGGUGUAUCAUGUACAGAGGUUGGGGUCUGUCUCAGAUGAUGGUGUGGCGAGGCUUCACGGUGACCCUGGGCUGGAACAUUUUCUUCCUCAUCCUGGCCACAGUUAUCUUAAAGCUGAGGACAUGAUAACCUCCCCACAGAGAGCAUCCUUCAGUGUGCCGACAGAGCCAUCAGAUGAGGCGCAGGAGCCAACGACUCACCUGAGCUCUGUGGAUGGGCUGGGGCGGCGGCGCUGAGGAGGAAGGUCCCUGCGGUUUAAUGGGUUGACACAACAGUCUCCCACACACACACACACACACACAUGUGCUUCUGUGGUCCCCAGCCAGCUGCCUCAUCCUGCAACAAUAGAUUUGGUCUGUUCAAGAGUGAGUGAAACUUCAAAACGAUGCAUGUAGAAGUACACAAAACAGAACAUACAUAUGCACAAUUUGAGAAAAUGUGACAAAUAGUGAAUUUUAAAUGAAGAUAGUAUUUUAGUUUGUGUCACUUCUACAGCUUGUUGAAACCUUUCACCUCAGAAUGGGCCAUGCACCAACUCAGGGUUGCUUUUUUAUAUAUAUAUUUCUGUUUGCCCUUGCUCUUAAUGCUAACAAAGAGAUUUUUCUGUGAUGCACUGUGCUUCAGAGUAGGGGAGGCCUAAGCAGUCCACCUUGUAAAAAAGAGGAAAAAAUAGUGUAUGAUGUUUGUUUUUGUCCAUACAGCAUUUGUUGUCUACCUUAUAUUUACUGUAUUUGCAUUAUAGAUCAAAUUUGGGCAUUGGAAAAUUGUCAGAAAAAGUCUUGGCACAAGAAAAUGUUCUUGUCGACUAGAAAAUGUGAAACCUUUCCAUUUGCUUUGCAAGCAGAAAAACUGAGCAGAGGAUUGUUGUUGUAAUACAUUGUGGGACCACAGAGAAGUUUUAACCGGCUGAUUUCUUCUUGUCCAGGAAACCGUCACCAUUCAGGCUUCCCACAGCAACGACUGUGCUCUCUAGCUGCUUGCUUGUUGUAUCUGUUCAACUACAUGUCCUGUCUGGUGUGUGACAGGAAGUGGUGACCGUGUUUCAACACAUUGUGUUAACAGGUGCUCAGAUGCAAGCUGUCUUAUAGAUGUGCGUUGCUUAUUGAUGAUGUUCUCCACAACCUGUGCUCUGUGCCUGCAUCUCCUGUGGGAGAUGAUGUUGGGAAAGUAUUGAUAUUGUACCUUUUUUUAAAUUUUAAUUACUCUCCACCUGUCCGGACAGAGUGGAGGCAGUUGGACAGAGGUCGCGCCAGGUGUGUUGUGCUCUUCACUUCAUCUGCAUCCAUACAAUAUCGUUUUUUACAUAAUGUUUCAAACUGAUCAUAUUAUAUAUUUUGAAUCUUCCAACUGUAACACAGAAUUAAAGCACACACGAGUAAUAGUCA